UGUUAUUAUUUUUAUGUUAUUUGGCUUUCUAGAUUUAUUUAUUUUAUAUUAUAUGAGUACACUGUAGCUGUCUUCAGAUGCACCAGGAGAGGGUGUCAGAUCUCAUUACGGAUGGUUAUGAGCCACCAUGUGGUUGCUGGGAUUUGAACUCAGGACCUUCGGAAGAGCAGACGGUGCUCUUAACCACUGAGCCAUCUCUCCAGCUUUCUAUUGCUAUAAUAAAACAUGGUGACCAAAACCAACUUGGGGAGGGAGGAAUCUAUUUCAUCUUAUAGCUUAUAGUCAGGGAAGACAGGGCUAGAGCUCAAGAUGGGAACUGAUACAGAAGUCAUGAAGGAGUGCUGGUUACUGGCUUGGUCCUCAUGGCUUGCUCAGCCUUCUUUCUUAAACAGUUGAGGCCACCUGUCCAGGGGCAGGACCAUCCAUAGUGAGGUGGACCCUCCUAUAUCAGUCAUUAAUCAAGAAAAUGCUCCACAGAUUGCCAACCGGCCAUCUUACUUAAGGUAUUUUUUCUCAACUGAGAUUCCUGUUUCCAGAAAACUCUAGCUUGUGUCAAGUUGUUAAAAAACCAACCAAACACCCAACUAACCUGGAAUAGUCUUUAAUCCUAACACUCUGGAGACAGAGGCAGGUUGUCUCAAAAAAAAAAAUUAGAAGUUAAAUUUUAAGUUAAAAGUUUAAAAGUUAAGAAAGGAGUUUGAGAGAUGCUGAGCAGUAAGGAGUUUACUGUUCUUGCAGAGCACUUUGAGUUGAGUUCCUAGCACUCAUGUCAGGGGAUUCACAGCUGCCUGGAACUCCAGGGCCAAGAUAGCUGAUGCCUUUGGUUUCCAUCGUGUGUUCCGGCCUGUGUGUGGUGUGUGGUGUGUGGUGUGUGGUGUGUGUGUGUGUGUAUACACUCAUACUUGUGUGUGGAUGGGCAUAUGGGAAGUCAAAGGACAAGUUUCAGGAGUUCAUUUCCUCCUUUCCCAUGUGCAUCCCAGGGACUGAUGAAAUUCUUUGGGCUUGAAAGCAAGCACCUUUACCUACUUAGUCAUCUCGCUAACCAAAUGUCCUUUCUUCAGAACCUAUUUCUAUCCACCGGCAACUUGAAAAGCAAGACUUUAUCUCCUCCUGGUGGCUGCCAAGACUUUCACCUAACCUGUACUGUACUUUUCUCCUAAAUACUAAUAAAAUUGUAUUGGUGACUAAAAUUAAAAUUAGGUAGCACAUAAUUUUUCCAAAUUUGGAUGAGUAGAAGUUGAUCUCUUACUGCAUUUCUCUUCCCAAAGCUGUACUCUUGCUUAUCGCACAAUAGAAGAUCACUUGGUAUUCUUAUUGUCUUAUCUAUUUGUUCUUGGCCUGUAGUAGAUGCUUAAUGAUAAUGCUAGUUUAUAUCUUUUAUAUUUGUCAAAAUAGUAAAUUAAAAUUACAUCUAGGGUUAUAGCUAAAUUGGUAGAGUGCUUCAGAAUGAGCCAAGCCCUGGGUUCAACUCCUAGCACCACUGUAAACAUGGUGAGCAUGUCUCUAAUCCAACCACUUGGGAGGUGGAGGCAGAAGGAUCAGGAGUUCAGGGUCAUCCUUGACUACAUAGUAAGUUGGAGGCUAGCCUGGAGUAUAGAUCCAAUAUCAAAGUCUCAAAAACACAAAAACAGAUUUUCUACAUUAUGUAAUCAUGGGCUACUAGCUGAGAUUUUUAGAAUCUUAUUAUUGUGGCAAGUUUUUGUUUCACUGAUAUUCAUUGGCCAGUACAAAGUUUGAAGAAAUAAUGUAGGGGGUCAGUUCAAAGACAUGGCAGGAGUGUUUUUAGUCCCCAGGACUGAAUAAUGCUUAUUCUCUGGAGGCAGGCUAUUAUAACAGAUUCUUCCUUCUCUUGCCCACUUUUCCACCUACCUUCUCAGUAGUCAAGAAUUCUAUUUUAACAUAACAUAUGUACUUUGAGCUCUUUUCUAGAAAAGGAGCCUAAUAUAAUAAAUCCAGUAGACUCAGCAGUCUUCACCCCAGGAAUGUCCUUUUCAUUUGUUGCAUAGAAGGAAGAUUAAUGGUGUGAAUUGUAGGUGUAAGAAUUUCAGGCUGUGAACCCACAGUAGAGUUGAUUAUUUUGUCAUUCAGCAUUUAUUGAGCACCUAGCAUCUGUGGGCCACCUAUGAAGUGUCCCUGGGGAACCUAAAAAAGAUAAUUCCCUGUAUAUGAAAUCCUGGUAAAUUGUUGAGGAAAUGUAUAAAUAACAAUAAAAAGCAGUUUGAUGUUAACAAGCAGUAUACCAGUAAAAGCAGAGUGAUAUGGUACGUAUGUCAAGGACUUGAACUUAAAUCCAUAAUUAUGUUCUCAAGAGUUCUAUGCAGUCUUGUGCUAGUUUCCAGCUUUUUUCUUCUUUCUGAAUUGAAGGUUGACUCUACAGUGCUUUUGUGCCAGCUUCUCAUGUGUUGAAAUUGCAGGUGUGAACUACCAUACUCAGUUAAUUUUCAUCAUUUGAACUUAACUUGCAAAUUAUGCAUGCAUAGAAUUUCUCUCUUUCCCACUCUGUAUUCUAGUGCAUGACUGGAUUCUCAUUUUUGGUAUGUGUUUAUAUGGAUGUGGGAGGCAGAAGAUGACACCAAUGUCAUCUUUAAUCAUUUUUUUCUACCGUAUUGUUUUGUAUGUGUAGUUGUUAGUGUGGAUGUGUGCAAGUGUCUGUAUGUGUGUGCAUAAUACAGGGGUCUGCAUGGAUAUGAAGGUCCAGGAGCCACACUGGAUCUCUUUCAGGGAUCACUUUCCGUCUUUAUUUUUAGGUUUUGAGAUAGGGUUUCUCACUGAACCUGAAGCUAGACUGGCCAGCCAAUGAAUUUCAGGGAUCUGCCUGUCUCCUCACCCCAGUCCCCAGCAGUGUGUUUAUUGGAUCAUUCUUGUUUUAUUUUUUGUUACAUGAGUUGGGGGGGGGGUCUACACUUGUAGCUUUGUGGCAGACAUCUGAGUUCCUUACCUCCUUCCUAUACCUUAUUGUUUUGAGGCAGUUUCCCAGUGAACCUGUAGCUCAUUGAUUUGGCUAGGUUGGAUAGCCAACAAUCUUCAGGGUUCUGCUUGUCUCUUCCCCAGAAAUGGGACUACAGAUGGGGCCAGUUUUAUUUUGUUUUGUUUUUCUGAGUCAGGGUCUUGUGUAGCCUAGAGCCUGCUAUGUAGACCAGGCUGUCCUUGAAGUCAUAGAAAUUACACAUGCCUUUGCCUCCUGACUGCUGUGGUUAAAAUUGUACCACCACACAUGCCUUUUUUUUUUUUAAGAUUUAUUUAUUUUUAUUUUAUGUGUAUGGGUGUUUUGCUUGCGUGCAUGACCAGAAGAGGGUUUCCAACCCCCUGGGACCUGAGUAACAGAUAGUUAUGAAUCACACCAUGUGGGUACUGGGAUUCAAACUCAGGUCUUCUGGAAGAGCAUCCAGUGCUCUUAACCACUAAUCCAUUUCAUUAGUCCUCACCCCCCCUUUUUAAAAAUUAAUUAAUUUUAUUUUUAUUAUUACUAUUUUUUGUUUUCACAUGGGUGCUGGUGAUCUGAACUCAGCCCUCAUGCUUGUAAAUACUUUAAGAACUGGUCAACAUUCUUACCCCUCAUUCAGUCUCUUUAAAAACUUAAAAAAAAGUAUUUGUGUAUUAAUGUAUGUGUAGCAUGCAAGGAUUAGCCAACUGCUUACAGGAGAUUUUGCCUUCUACAAUGUAAGCCCCAGGCAUCCAAUAAUGUCCCCAGGCUUGGCAGCGAGCUCCUUUACCAGCAGAGCCACCUUACUCUCUUUCUGGGACAGUGUAUCACUUAGGUUACUUCAAACUCUUGAGCUUUCUGUGUUAGCCUCCGGAGUGCUGGGAUUAGCAUGUGUAGAAAGGUAUCCUGCUCUUUAUUUUCUCUGCUUUUCCUUUUUAUCUUUUGAGACAGGUAUUUAGGCCCGCAUUUUAGAUAUAUAAACAAGCUGUCUCUGAAUUCACAGAAAUCCCCCUGCUUCUGUUUCCUGAAUGUAGAUUACAGUAACUUGCCACCUGACACAUAAAUCUGUUUACUUUUUGUUUUUUUUGAGACAGGGUCUCUUUAUAUAGCAACUGGUUGACCUGGAACUCACUGUGUAGACCAGCAUUCUCAAAUUCAUAGAGAUCUACUUGCCUCUGCAUCUUGAAUGCUAGAAUUAGAGGCGCCUACCUCUAUGCAUGACACUUUUUUGAGAUAGUAUGUUAGUGAUACUCUUGUUUCCCAUGUGUUGGCUUACAGUUGUUGAGUCACCAUGCUUGGCUAAAGUUAUGUUCAUUUUCUUGUCUUAUUUCUGUGAGACAGGGUGUCAUGUAGCCUAUUCUUGCUUACAUGUUCUAUUUAGGAAGAUUCUUUUUUUAAGAUUUAUUUCAUUUAUUUGACUACAGUGUAGCUGUCGUCAGACACACCAGUAGAAGGUUUCAGAUCCCAUUACAGAUGGUUGAGCCACUAUGUGGUUCCUGGGAAUUGAACUCAGGACCUCUGGAAGGGCAGUCAGUGUUCUUAACCACUGAGCCAUCUCUCUAGCCCCUGAGCAAGAACAUUCUUAUGGCUGAAGAUAACCAUGACUUUCUGAUCCUUCUGCUUCCCAAGUGCUGGGAUUUAGUAGAUUUUCAAAGUUAAGUAAGUUGUGUCAAAUUAGAUUCCUCAAUUAGCGAUAUCUCAGUUUUAUUUCAUGCCAUUUAUUUCUCUUAUUCAUCUCUGUUUAUCCAUACUACAAGUGUUUGACUUUCAGGUUAGGAAGCCAAGAGUUGGCAAACCUUUUAAAUAAAAGGUCAGAUAGUAAAUAUUUUGUGCUAUGUAGGUCCCAUUGUUUCUGCCAGCCUGAAAGCAGGUAUAGACAGUAAAUACAUGGCUAUAUUUCAGUUAUUCAUGUUCCCUGGAAUUGGAAUAUUAUAUAAAUUUUACAUGUAAAAUAAUGUUACUAUUUUGCAGGGCUAGGGAUACAGCUCUAUGGACUGAAUCACUGUAUGGACAAGGAAAGCCCUUAGUUGAUCUCCAGCACUGAAAAAAAAAGUUUAAAAUUUUUUCUAUCUAAAAAUAUAAAGGUUUGGGACUAUAUAUCUCAGCGCUUGCUAGGAUGCAUAAGGCUGUGGAUUCAAUCCCUAUUACCACCAAAAAAUAAAAAUUCAAAAAAAAAAAAAAGAAAAAAGAAAAAAAGAAAAAUAGAGACCCAGAAGUGUUGGCUUGUGCCUGUAAUACCAGCACUUGGGACAUCGAAACGGAGUCACAGGCCAACCUGGCCUACAAUGUGAGUUCUAGGCCACCAUCAUGGCUGUAGAGUAAGACCUUGCCUCAAGGGGAAAAAAAGUGUAUAUAUGUGUUAGUUGUGGACCUUAUGAAAGCAUGCAGAAUAUAUUUUAUGGAGUUACGAUCAUUUAUACAUACUUCUACAACUCUUCCCCUGCUGCUUCUUUCUGUAGCAUGGCUGUCAUUGCAUCACGGAAGUCAUAUUCUUUUCUAACGAUGGAAUGCAUUUUCAGACAGUACCCUCCUGGCAUCACCUUGUGUUUGUUAAUCUCUGUAUUUGUGUGUGUGCCUGUGUAAGAUAUGUGUGUUUGUGUGUUAUGCAUUUGGAAGCCAGGUGUUAAUGUUGAGUUUCUCCUAGGUUACUCUCUGUAUUAAUUUUGAGAAAGGGUGUUUCUCUGAACUAUGAGUCUCACUGAUUGCGGUAGCCUUCCUACUAGUGAGCUCCAUGGAGUCACCUAUAUUUGCAUCCCCUGCUCUUCGAUUACAGAUAUUCUUCAGCAUUCCUGGCUUUUAAAAGGGAGCUGGGGGAUUCAGACUCAGUUAUUUAUGAUUGCACAGUAAGCAGUUUACUCUGGUUGAACCUGGAGCUCACAGAUUCAGCUGGCAAGCUUCAGGGAUGUUUCUUUCUUUGUUUCCCUAGUGCCAGGAUUAUGGGUAUUUAACACCUCACCUGGCUUUCUUGUAAAUACCUGUUAGGGAUCAAACUCAGGUCCUCCUGUUUUUAUGACAACCACUUCACUAGCUGAGCCAGCUUCCCAGUUCCCACAGUUUUGCUCUCACAUUAUAAUUCUUUCCAAAUUUCCCCAGUAAAUGUUUACUUGCCAGUGUAACAGACUGGUUAGCUUGGCAUUUAUCUAUCUAAAAAUAUAUUUCUUUUUUUACAUUGUGUGUGUUACACAUGGCAUGGCAAUCCUCUUACCUCAGCCUUCUCAGUUCUGGAAUUACUGGACAAUUUGGAUUUUUUUUUUAAAGAUUUAUUUUAUUUAUAUGAGUACACUGUAGCUCUCUUCAGACACACCAGAAGAGGGCAUCAGAUCCCAUUACAGGUGGUUGUGAGCCACCAUGUGGUUGCUGGGAAUUUGAACUCAGGAUUUCUGGAAGAGCAGUCACUGCUCUUAACUGCUGAGCCAUCUCUCCAGGUUAUCUAUUUUAUAUUUAUUUUUGAGACAGGGUCUUACUAUGUAGCCUUCGGUGGUCUCAAACUCAUAGAUUAUCUGCUUGCCUUUGACUCCUGAGUGCUGGUUUCAAACCAACCAAUCUACCUUCAUUGUCAUCACUUUUUAACAUCAAGUUGAUCACAGCUAUCUUUCUGCUCUCUGGAGGCUGCAGCAAGUCAGGAUGUUUGUUGUGAUCUUGAGGCCAGAGGUUGGGUUACAUAGCAAGAUGCUGUCUCAAAAAAAGAAGAGAGCUGGGUGUGGUGGCACACACCUUUAAUCCUAGCACUCCGGGAGGCAGGGGCAGGUGGAUUUCUGAGUUCGAGGCCAGCCUGGUUUUUACAGCGUGAGUUCCAGGACAGCCAGGGCUAUACAGAGAAACCCUGUCUCGAAAAAACAAAAACCAAAACAAAAACAAAAAAAGAACAACAACAACAACAUUGGAGACUGUACCGUUUUGAGGAUUAGUGAGGUAAAGUGUAUGAAGUGCUGAGAUCAAUGCUUUGCCUAAUUGUAUGUAAUAAUUAGCUGCCCGAGAGGCUGCAGAGGAAUCUGCAUUUUACUGGCCCAUCUUACUUAAAUGCCUUUAGGAAGUGUUCACAGCCCAUGACCAUGUCUUGGAAAUAUAUAUAAGAUCUUAUGGUGUGAAAUCUUGAUUUCAGAAACAAAGUUUUGAGGAGUUUGAAGUGAUUCUGAGUUAGGAUAAAAGGUAAGGGAAAUCUUGGAGGUAUGAGAAGGGGGAAGAAGCCCAAUACUUUGGAAUCUGGUUGAAGCCUUUACCAGUGAGUGAGUGGAAGAGUAAGAAUUCCAGCUACUUGUGUGGUGGAGUGUGCCUUUAAUCCCAGCACUUGGGAGGCAGGGGCAGCCGGAUUUCUGAGUUCGAGGCCAGCCUGGUCUACAAAGUGGACAGCCAGAGCUAUACAGAGAAACCCUGUCUCGAAAACCCAGAAAAAAAAAAAAGAAAAUAAAAAACUUUAUAACACUGUAGGUUAUUUUUCAGUUCACUUAAAACUGGCUUUUAGUGCAUUCCUAUAACCAGCAGUAUAUAUUGAAUUUUUAAAGAUAGAUUUUUUUGCCAUUUGAGAUAUAUUUGGAAGAUCAAAGUUUUUUAGAUUAUAUUUCUAUAGAAGCAUUAAAGAUGAUUAUUCAUUGUAAGUUAUGCCCUCUUUAGUAUCUAAUCUUUCUUUUUGGUUUUUCGAGACAGGGUUUACAGUAUACUUCAUCUAGUCCUCUUUGUUAGUAGGAAGUUUCUUUAACAAAUGGCAUUGAAGUAUGAAAGAUUAGGGAAGAUCCUCUUAGGUAAAAUGUGAGAAACAUGGGCCUAAGACAUGGUACAGUAGAAGGGUGUCUUUUUUUUUUUUCCUAGACAGGCUGUCCUAGAACUCUGUAGAUCAGUCCAGUCUAGAAUUCACAGAGCUCCACCAGCCUUUAUCUCCAGAGUACUGGGAAUAAAGGUAUGUGCCAUCACAUCUGGCUAGGUUUUAGAUUUUUUUUUUUUUUCGAGACAGGGUUUCUCUGUGUAGUCCUGGCUGUCCUGGAACUCACUUUGUAGACCAGGCUGGCCUCGAACUUAGAAAUCUGCCUGCCUCUGCCUCCCAGGUGCUGGAAUUAAAGGCGUGCUCCACCACUGCCUGGCUAGGUUUUAGAUUUUUAAUGCUGGAGAUUGAAUCCGGGGUUUUGUGCAUGUACUUUUGCAAUUACUCUGCCUCUGAGCUCUAUCUCUCCUUCCUUUUUUUUUUUUUUUGGAGACAGGUAGUUCAUGCUGACCUCGAACUUACUUUAUAGCUUUGGCUUGUUUGGGAGUUUUUAGGAUUUUCCUAAAUGCUUGAUAUUAGGCAUGUACCAUCAUUUCUGGCUAAGGAUGGUUUUCCCCUCUUCUCCCUUUGUGUGUUUUUGGGGGGGGAGGCCGGGGGGACAAGGUCUGUCUAUGUAGCUCUGGUUGUCAAUAUGCAAACCAGGUUGGCUUCAAACUAACAGAGAUCCACUUGCCUCUGUCUCAUAGUGCAGGAUUAAAGGUAUGUACCAUGGCAUCUGGCCAAUGAAAAUAGAAUACAACUAAGUACAAUUUGAGGAACACUACAUUGAAAGUAGAAUGUAACUAUUGUGUUUCAAUGUAACUUGAAAAAGCAAUUUUAAAAACACAAAACAAAUCCCAGUCACUUGGUCCCUGGGGAUAUAGUACAAUUGAUAGGGUGCUUGCCUAGCAUGCAUAAAACCAACUUUAGCAGUGCCAUCUAUUUAUUUGUACCCAGAGGUGGAGCCAGGAGGAUCAGAAGUUCAGUCAUCUUUGACUAUGUGAUUUUGAAGCCAGCAAGGGAUACAUGAAACCCUACUAUAAGCAAAAAUGGUUACUUGGUAAAUCUAAACUGAAUCACUGAAAUAAGUAUAGCUAUAUUAUUAAUUGUAGAUUAGAAUAUAAAAACACAAAUGCUCAAAGAACUCUCAGACUCUUACUUUUUAUAGGCUAACUAGACUCCACUUUGAAAACUUAUGGGUAUUGUACCUAUUAAGGGAUCUAAUGCUGCAUCUUAGAAAUUUGUUGUUACCUAAAACAAAUUAAUCUGGAGGACCAUUUCAGUAGUUGAGAGAAAAGCAGUAGGGUGAGCAAGCUGUAAAUCUUGUCACCUGUAGGGAGAUGGAGUUGUAAGAAAGUCAUGCCUUUUGAGUCAGCAAUGGAGGUCUGCAAGAAGCUCUAGAAAUUGUGAGAAGAGGUCUUCAGAGAAAACAAUGAGAAAGCCCUGAAUGUGAGGGCAGACAUUCUUAGGAUUUUGGGAAAGUGAUUGACAAUAUGCUCAGGAAACUAGCUACUCAGUAAUGAAAAUCAGUAAUUGUUGAAAAUUGAAAUCUGGUAUUUCAUGUUUGCUUGGAGCAGGGAAAGAGCACCAAAGAGCAUUUCUGUUGUACUUUCCCAUGCAAGUUGUUCUCGUAGAUUUUUCCAAUUAGAGAUGCUAUUUGGGUUGUCUUUUUUUGAGAUGCUACCGAGUCAUUCAUACCUUAGGGGCAGACAUUUUACUAGUAAAUAAACUCAAAUUUUAGUCUCAGAAAAAUGAGAUUUUUUUGAGAAACCAUUAUAACCCUCGAGAAGGCAUCUUGGUUUAGUAGGAAAGGUUCUUGAGUCAGAGAAGAGGAACGUGUUAAAGAAAUGGUUUUCAGUCUUCUAAGAUCUUGAAUGGUUUUCCUGAAUCAUGGAUUUCAGAAGUCUGUAAACUUUAGUUCAGUUUCUGCCUAUGUGUUGCGUAUCUCCUCAGGAAUAAAUAGCUAAGUGAAACGAAGCAAGUCAGAUCAACCCUGUUGGCUAUCCUUGUCCUUCCUCUUGGCUCCAUCCUUACAUUCUUGGUUUCCUUCAAAGUGUUUGUAUUGUCACUUAGCACAAAAUAAGUUUUUCUAUUAUCUCUUGAGAGUGAAAAGUUUGGGAAUAUGGACUGCAUUUUAUGUUUUCUACUUAAUUAUUUCGUAAUUACUCCUUUUCACUUUAAACAUUUACUGGUAGGUUAGCAGCAUGAAAGUAGUAAAUGGUAGAGAAAAAAACCUAAAAUUUUUGAUGUUUGGUUGAGAAUUAUUGCUCUCUGACUUAGUUUGGCAAUUGUCUGACAUACUUGUUGGUUAAUGUUUUCUUUACAUUUUUAAGCUUCAUUGUCUUGAAGAAGCAACAACAACAACAAAAAUAUACAUUGUUGGUUAAUGUUUUCUUUACAUUUUUAAGCUUCAUUGUCUUGAAGAAGCAACAACAACAACAAAAAUAUUCUUGACCAUUUCUUUUUAAGACAUCUUUCAUCUUGGUAUCAGGCAAUUUAGUGGCAGCUCUUUUUCCUUUAUAGAACCUUUCUUUGCUUUGCUUUUCAUUCCAGCACGGUGUCUUGGCAGCCUAGCCUACUCUGGAACGUGAACUCACUAUAGAAUUCAGGUUAGCCUCGAACUCGCAGCAAUCCUGCUUCAGCCUCAGUGUUGAGAAUAUAGGCAUAAACUUCCAUUCUCUGCGCUCAACAAGGCUUUCUCGAAUUUUCCUAGUGUUCUUUGUUGGCGAAUAUUGGAAAAUUGCUUACUCUUCUUUCGUGGUGUUUGCUUCAAGCUUUUCCAGUGUUCUGGUACUUUCCAACCCCAUAGCACUUUGUACAGGAGGUCCUCCGUUUUUUUUUUUUUUUUUUUUUUUUUUUUGAAGGAUUUGCGAAGCCAGGAGGUCUAUGAAGCUUCAUGUGGGUGGGGCUGGGUACGGCAGGGGCGGGGCCGGUGAGAAGUCUCUGGGAAAGGCUGAAGAGUCUUGUUGGGAAAGGCCUGGAGGGCAGUGGUUUCAGAAUUUUCACGAAGGCUUCGAAUACAGGAUUGAGCGUAUUGUGUACCUCUCUCCUGUCUCUCCUUUCCUGAUUCUGGAAGCUUCAUAAGUUCUUUCUGGAUUACUAAAAUGCGAAAAGGCUACGGCUUCGGCUCCGUGGGCGGAACCCAAGGGUCCUGACGCUGCUCCGGGCUGUUUGGCCUCCUGAUGUUGGGGGAGGGGCAAAGAGGUGCUGCUCGCGCCUCCCUAUGCGCCUGCGCGGUCGGCUCCAAGCUGGUAGGAGCGCGUGCGCAGUGACGUGGACAUCCGGUGCGUGCGCAGGCUCUUCAGCUGAAGCGGACACACGGUGUGCGAACCCUUCAGAAUAACCCUCCCCUAGAGGGAUGUGAAGGACUCGGGGUGAGGCCGGCCACGCCCCGCACGGUAACUCUCGGGCCUGGGUGGAGGGCGUCGCUUCAAUAGUGGCCCGAUUGGAGUUUUUUUGAGUUUAAACCACUUGUGUAUUUGAACGGCUUGCCCAGCGUUCCGCAGAGAGAGCUUCGCACGCCUGGGCCUGGCUGGGCCUUACGCUGUGCAGCCUUUGGUCCCUUGAGCGAGUUGCGCAUGUCAUCUCGCACGCCUCCCCGACCUCACUUCCGUGUCGCUCGGAGAACUAACUAGGAACAUCGACGCCGGAGACCGAGACCACGAGGCGGGCGGGGUGAGAAGUGCCUACGGCACGGCCCUGCCCUCGCGUGCGUGGGGUGUUGAACAGCAUGGCACGUUCCGCGUGACGAUUUCUAGCCUGGUUAUCGAUGGAAUAAGCACAGGUUUUAAGAGUUCAGCUCUCUGAGUUUCAACUCUCCGAGGGAAACAACCAAUGUCUGUUUCUCCAAGGAACUGGAUGCAGUGUUUUGACACCUAUUCAAACAUUUCCUAGCGUGUAAUUUCGGGUCAAAUUGAGGCAAGGCCCCGAAUUUAAUGAGGGGGCGAUGAGUGAGUUGAAUGAGAGUGAGAACUUUGUAAACAAAGGAGCUGUGAUUUGUAAGUGCUAAUUCGAAGGCGGAGAAAACAGGAUGAAAAAGCAUUUGUAACUAUGAAUUGACUACAGUUUUCUUACUACUGAAUUUCUCACUGGAAUCAUGGAAGAGAAACAGCAAAUCAUAUUGGCCAAUCAAGAUGGAGGGACAGUGACAGGAGGAGCACCUACCUUCUUUGUCAUCCUAAAGCAGCCAGGAAAUGGCAAAACUGAUCAAGGAAUUUUAGUUACUAAUCGAGAUGCCCGUGCUUUGUUGAGUAGGGAGUCAUCACCAGGAAAAUCUAAAGAGAAAAUUUGCCUUCCGGCUGAUUGUACUGUGGGAAAAAUCACGGUUACCCUUGAUAACAAUAGUAUGUGGAAUGAGUUCCAUAAUCGAAGCACAGAGAUGAUUCUGACCAAACAGGGAAGACGCAUGUUUCCUUAUUGUCGAUAUUGGAUAACAGGCUUAGAUUCAAAUUUAAAGUAUAUCCUUGUAAUGGACAUAUCUCCUGUGGAUAGUCAUCGGUAUAAGUGGAAUGGUCGUUGGUGGGAACCCAGUGGGAAGGCUGAACCCCAUAUUUUGGGGAGAGUUUUCAUUCAUCCAGAAUCUCCUUCUACAGGUCAUUAUUGGAUGCAUCAACCAGUGUCUUUCUAUAAACUCAAACUUACUAACAAUACACUGGACCAGGAAGGACAUAUUAUCUUGCACUCUAUGCAUCGUUAUCUGCCAAGGCUUCAUUUGGUGCCAGCAGAAAAGGCUACAGAAGUGAUACAGUUAAAUGGCCCCGGUGUUCAUACUUUUACUUUCCCCCAGACUGAAUUCUUUGCAGUAACAGCUUAUCAGAACAUUCAGAUUACUCAGUUGAAAAUAGAUUACAAUCCUUUUGCCAAAGGCUUUCGGGAUGAUGGGUUGAGCAGUAAGCCUCAGAGAGAAGGAAAACAGAGGAAUAGCUCCGAUCAAGAAGGGAAUAGUGUUUCUAGUUCUCCUGCUCAUCGUGUUCGUCUUACAGAAGGUGAAGGGUCAGAGAUACAUUCAGGUGAUUUUGAUCCUGUGUUAAGGGGUCAUGAAGCAUCAAGCUUAAGUUUAGAGAAGGCUCCCCAUAAUGUAAAACAAGACUUUCUUGGAUUUAUGAAUACUGAUUCGACACAUGAAGUUCCUCAGUUGAAACAUGAGAUUUCUGAAAGUCGUAUUGUGAACAGUUUUGAAGAUGAUUCCCAGAUUUCCUCACCAUCAAACCCGAAUGGAAACUUUAAUGUCGUCAUUAAAGAAGAGCCUCUAGAUGAUUAUGAUUAUGAACUUGGUGAAUGCCCAGAAGGGAUAACAGUGAAACAAGAAGAGACAGAUGAGGAAACGGAUGUAUACUCAAACAGCGAUGACGAUCCUAUACUAGAGAAACAACUAAAGAGGCACAAUAAAGUUGAUAAUUUAGAAGCUGACCAUCCAUCUUAUAAAUGGCUACCAAAUAGCCCAGGUGUUGCUAAAGCUAAAAUGUUUAAAUUAGAUGCUGGGAAAAUGCCAGUAGUUUACUUGGAGCCCUGUGCUGUCACGAAAAGCACAGUGAAAAUUUCUGAAUUGCCUGAUAAUAUGCUCUCCACUUCUCGAAAAGAUAAAUCUAUGUUAGCAGAAUUAGAAUAUUUGCCUGCGUAUAUUGAAAAUUCUGAUGGGACUGACUUUUGCUUAAGCAAGGAUUCAGAAAAUAGUCUCAGAAAACAUUCACCAGAUCUCAGAAUUGUACAAAAAUAUACUUUACUUAAAGAGCCUAAUUGGAAAUACCCGGACAUACUUGACAACAGUAGCACGGAAAGAAUACAUGACAGUUCCAAAGGAUCAACUGCAGAGUCAUUUUCAGGAAAAGAGGACUUAGGCAAAAAGCGAACAACAAUGCUUAAAAUGGCAAUACCAUCAAAGACUGUGACUGCUAGUCAUAGUGCCUCUCCAAAUACUCCUGGGAAAAGAGGAAGACCGAGAAAGUUGAGACUCUCUAAGGCAGGGCGACCACCUAAAAACACAGGGAAAUCUUUAACUGCUGCCAAGAAUAUUCCUGUAGGCCCUGGAAGCACCUUUCCUGAUGUGAAACCUGAUCUAGAAGAUGUGGAUGGGGUGCUCUUUGUUUCCUUUGAAUCAAAGGAGGCUCUUGAUAUUCAUGCAGUUGAUGGGACAACAGAAGAACCUUCUAGUCUUCAGACCACAACCACAAAUGAUUCAGGUUGCAGAACAAGAAUUUCCCAGUUGGAAAAGGAAUUAAUAGAAGAUUUGAAGUCUUUGAGGCAUAAGCAGGUGAUACAUCCUGCUCUUCAAGAAGUGGGCUUAAAACUGAAUUCAGUGGAUCCAACAGUGAGCAUUGAUCUUAAAUACUUGGGAGUACAAUUGCCUUUGGCUCCAGCCACCAGCUUUCCCCUAUGGAAUGUUACAGGUACCAACCCUGCCUCACCUGAUGCUGGGUUUCCUUUUGUUUCUAGGACGGGGAAGACCAAUGACUUUACCAAAAUCAAGGGAUGGAGAGGAAAAUUUCAAAAUGCUUCUGCAUCUAGGAAUGAAGGUGGAAAUUCAGAGGCUUCACUGAAAAACCGUUCUGCUUUCUGUAGUGAUAAGCUAGAUGAGUACUUGGAAAAUGAAGGCAAAUUGAUGGAAACAAACAUAGGUUUCUCUUCAAAUGCUCCCACAUCUCCAGUAGUGUACCAGCUACCCACCAAGAGUACCAGCUAUGUUCGAACUCUUGAUAGUGUACUAAAGAAGCAAUCUACCAUUUCCCCUUCUACCUCUCACUCUGUGAAGCCUCAGUCUGUAACCACUGCCUCUCGAAAAACAAAGGCUCAGAACAAACAGACAACACUCAGUGGCCGAACUAAAUCAUCUUAUAAGUCUAUUUUACCAUACCCUGUUUCACCAAAGCAGAAAAACUCUCAUGUGAGCCAAGGAGAUAAAAUUACCAAGAAUUCCUUGAGUUCGACCUCAGAUAAUCAGGUGACUAACUUGGUUGUGCCAUCUGUAGAUGAAAAUGCAUUUCCAAAGCAGAUUAGUUUGCGGCAGGCCCAGCAACAGCACCUUCAGCAGCAAGGAACUCGCCCUCCAGGCUUGUCGAAAUCUCAAGUAAAGCUUAUGGACCUGGAAGACUGUGCACUCUGGGAAGGAAAACCAAGGACCUAUAUUACUGAAGAGCGAGCAGAUGUCUCCUUGACAACUCUGCUUACUGCUCAGGCAUCUCUCAAAACUAAACCUAUCCACACAAUCAUAAGGAAACGAGCUCCUCCAUGCAACAAUGACUUCUGUCGCCUGGGUUGUGUGUGCUCUAGUCUAGCUUUGGAAAAGCGCCAACCUGCUCACUGCCGUCGACCAGACUGCAUGUUUGGUUGCACUUGUUUGAAAAGAAAAGUUGUGUUGGUUAAAGGGGGAUCUAAAACAAAGCAUUUCCAUAAGAAGGCUGCUAAUCGAGAUCCAUUAUUUUAUGAUACGCUGGGAGAGGAAGGAAGGGAAGGAGGAGGAGUCAGAGAAGAUGAGGAACAAUUGAAGGAGAAAAAGAAGAGAAAGAAGCUCGAAUACACUGUAUGUGAAGCAGAACCUGAGCAGCCGGUUCGACAUUACCCACUGUGGGUGAAGGUAGAAGGUGAAGUAGAUCCAGAGCCGGUUUAUAUUCCAACUCCUUCUGUCAUUGAACCUAUAAAACCAUUGGUGUUGCCUCAGCCGGAUUUAUCUUCUACUACGAAGGGCAAACUAACCCCUGGAAUUAAACCAGCACGAACAUAUACUCCCAAGCCCAAUCCUGUGAUACGAGAAGAGGACAAAGAUCCAGUCUAUUUGUACUUUGAAAGUAUGAUGACUUGUGCCCGAGUUCGAGUAUAUGAACGAAAGAAAGAGGAACAGAGACAACUGUCUCCACCCCUGUCUCCAUCCUCAUCAUUUCAGCAGCAGAGUUCCUGUUACUCUAGUCCUGAGAACCGUGUUACAAAGGAACUUGAUUCUGAACAGACCUUAAAGCAGCUCAUUUGUGACUUGGAGGAUGAUUCUGAUAAAUCACAAGAAAAGAGCUGGAAAUCCUCCUGCAAUGAAGGAGAGUCCUCUUCUACCUCGUAUGUACAUCAGAGGUCACCUGGUGGUCCUACCAAAUUGAUAGAGAUCAUCUCAGACUGCAACUGGGAAGAAGAUCGAAACAAGAUCUUGAGCAUUUUAUCUCAGCACAUCAAUAGCAACAUGCCACAGUCACUUAAGGUGGGCAGCUUCAUCAUUGAGUUGGCUUCUCAGCGGAAGUGUCGGGGUGAGAAGACCCCUCCUGUUUAUUCUUCUCGUGUGAAAAUCUCUAUGCCAUCAAGUCAAGACCAAGAUGAUAUGGCUGAGAAAUCUGGAUCAGAGACUCCUGAUGGUCCAUUGUCCCCUGGGAAAAUGGAUGAUAUCUCUCCUGUGCAGACAGAUGCCCUGGAUUCAGUGAGGGAGAGAUUACAUGGAGGCAAAGGUCUACCUUUUUAUGCAGGGCUUUCUCCUUCGGGGAAGCUUGUGGCCUAUAAACGUAAACCCAGUUCAACUACAUCUGGGCUUAUCCAGGUUAAUGGUAAGAGUUACCCGCAGGCUAAGUUGCUAUUGGGACAGAUGGGGGCAUUGCAUCCAGCCAAUAGGCUAGCUGCUUAUAUCACAGGCAGGUUGCGACCCUCAGUCCUGGACCUCUCAACCCUCAGUACUGUCAUCUCCAAGGUAGCAUCCAAUGCCAAGGUGGCUGCAUCCAGGAAACCACGCACCCUGUUGCCUUCAACAUCCAAUUCCAAAAUGGCAUCCUCUGGCCCAGCAACAAAUCGCUCUGGGAAGAAUCUGAAGGCAUUUGUUCCAGCAAAAAGGCCAAUUGCAGCGCGGCCCUCUCCUGGUGGUGUGUUCACACAGUUUGUGAUGAGCAAAGUUGGUGCCUUACAGCAGAAGAUACCCGGAGUUCGCACACCUCAACCCCUUACAGGGCCACAGAAGUUCAGUAUCAGGCCUUCUCCAGUAAUGGUCGUCACACCUGUGGUUUCUUCUGAGCAAGUUCAGGUGUGCAGCACUGUAGCUGCUGCUGUCACUACUUCCCCUCAAGUGUUUCUAGAAAAUGUUACUGCUGUGCCAUCUCUGACUGCUAAUUCUGAUAUGGGAGCUAAAGAAGCUACAUAUUCUUCUAGUGCCUCCACUGCUGGGGUUGUUGAGAUCUCUGAAACUAAUAACACUACCCUUGUAACAUCUACCCAGUCUACAGCCACUGUGAACCUUACCAAAACUACUGGGAUAACUACUAGCCCUGUGGCUUCAGUUUCAUUUGCUAAACCAUUGGUAGCAUCUCCAACCAUAACUCUUCCUGUUGCUUCCACUGCCUCCACCUCCAUAGUCAUGGUGACCACAGCUGCAUCUUCCUCCGUGGUGACCACACCUACUUCAUCACUGAGUUCUGUACCUAUUAUACUCUCAGGAAUUAAUGGAAGUCCACCCGUGAGCCAGAGACCAGAAAAUGCCCCUCAAAUUCCAGUGACUACUCCACAGAUCUCUUCUAACAACGUGAAACGUACUGGACCUCGAUUGUUGUUGAUUCCAGUGCAGCAGGGUUCUCCUACGCUUAGACCAAUCCAAAACCCACAGCUUCAGGGACAGCGGAUGGUCUUGCAACCUGUUAGGGGUCCAAGUGGAAUGAACCUAUUCAGGCACCCCAAUGGGCAGAUUGUCCAACUCCUACCUUUACAUCAGAUUCGAGGCUCUAAUGCCCAGCCCAGCUUACAGCCUGUGGUAUUUCGGAACCCAGGAUCUAUGGUGGGAAUCCGACUACCAGCUCCUUGCAAAUCUUCAGAGACUCCAUCAUCUUCUGCUUCAUCCUCUGCCUUCUCUGUCAUGAGUCCUGUGAUUCAGGCUGUUGGGUCUUCUCCAACAGUAAAUGUCAUUUCUCAGGCACCUUCACUGCUUUCCUCUGGAUCUAGUUUUGUCUCUCAGGCUGGUACACUGACUCUGAGGAUCUCUCCUCCUGAAACUCAAAACCUUGCAAGUAAAACAGGCUCUGAAAGCAAAAUAACACCCAGCACUGGAGGACAGCCUGUAGGCACUGCUAGCCUCAUUCCUCUGCAGUCAGGUAGUUUUGCCUUGUUGCAGCUCCCAGGACAAAAGCCUAUCCCUAGCUCUGUUCUUCAGCAUGUUGCUUCCCUUCAAAUAAAAAAGGAAUCUCAGAGUACAGACCAGAAAGAUGAAACAAACUCUAUCAAAAGAGAGGAGGAAACUAAGAAAGCUCUACCAUCAAAAGAUAAAGCUCUAGACUCUGAGGCUAAUAUAAUGAAGCAAAACUCAGGAAUUAUUGCCUCAGAAAAUACCUCGAAUAAUUCAUUGGAUGAUGGGGGUGAUCUUUUGGAUGAAGAAACCCUUAGGGAAGAUGCCAGACCUUAUGAAUACUCUUAUAGCACUGGGUCUCAUACAGAUGAAGACAAAGAUGGUGAUGAGGACUCUGGGAACAAGAAUCAGAACAGUCCAAAAGAAAAACAAACUGUUCCAGAAGUUAGAGCUGGCUCUAAAAACAUUGAUAUUAUGGCACUCCAAAGCAUCAGAAGUAUACGGCCUCAAAAGUGUGUUAAGGUGAAGGUUGAACCGCAGGAGGGAUCAGACAAUCCAGAGAACCCAGAUGACUUUCUAGUCCUUUCUAAGGACAGUAAAUUUGAAUUAUCGGGGAACCAAGUUAAGGAACAGCAAUCUAACUCACAGGCAGAGGCCAAGAAGGAUUGUGAAGAUUCUCUGGGGAAGGACAGUCUUAGAGAGAGAUGGAGAAAACACCUAAAGGGCCCCUUAACUCAGAAGUACAUUGGAAUUUCACAGAACUUUAACAAAGAGGCAAACGUUCAGUUCUUUACAGAAAUGAAGCCAUGUCAAGAAAAUUCUGAACAGGAUAUCUCUGAAUUACUUGGAAAAAGUGGAACUAUUGAGAGUGGUGGAGUUCUAAAAACUGAGGAUGGUUCUUGGAGUGGCAUUUCUAGUUCUGCGGCCUUCUCUAUUAUCCCUAGGAGAGCUACAAAAGGAAGAAGAGGGAGCAGACAUUUUCAGGGUCAUUUACUGCUCCCAAGAGAACAGAUGAAACCAAAGCAACAGACAAAGGAUGGGAGAAGCAGUGCUGCUGACUUCACAGUUUUGGAUCUGGAAGAUGAGGAUGAGGAAGAUGAGAAAACUGAUGAUUCUCUUGAUGAGAUUGUGGAUGUUGUCUCUGGCUACCAGAGUGAGGAGGUUGAUGUAGAAAAGAAUAACUAUGUAGACUAUCUUGAGGAUGAUGAGCAGGUGGAUGUUGAAACAAUAGAAGAGCUUUCAGAGGAAAUUAACUUUCCCUACAAGAAGACCACAGCAACUCACACACAGUCCUUCAAACAGCAGUGUCAUAGCCAUAUCUCUGCAGAUGAAAAAGCUUCUGAAAAGAGUCGAAAGGUUUCAUUAAUUUCUUCAAAAUUGAAAGAUGAUUGCUGGGGUGAUAAACCACACAAAGAAACAGAAGCUUUUGCAUAUUACCGACGGACACACACUGCCAAUGAGCGGCGUCGGCGUGGUGAAAUGAGAGAUCUUUUUGAAAAAUUGAAGAUUACAUUAGGAUUACUUCAUUCUUCCAAAGUUUCCAAAAGUCUCAUUCUUAAUCGGGCAUUCAGUGAAAUUCAAGGACUAACAGACCAGGCAGAUAAAUUGAUAGGGCAGAAAAAUCUCCUGAGUCGAAAACGAAGUAUUUUAAUACGGAAGGUAUCGUCUCUUUCAGGGAAGACAGAAGAAGUGGUCCUGAAGAAGCUAGAGUAUAUUUAUGCAAAACAACAAGCACUAGAAGCACAAAAAAGAAAAAAGAAGCUGGGGUCAGAUGAGUUUUGUGUGUCCCCCAGAAUUGGCACACAGCUGGAGGGAUCUUCUGCAUCAUCUGUAGAUCUUGGACAGAUGCUCAUGAAUAACAGGAGGGGGAAACCUUUGAUUCUUUCCAGAAAAAGAGACCAGGCUACAGAAAAUGCCUCACCUUCUGACACUCCGCACUCUUCUGCCAACCUGGUAAUGACUCCACAAGGGCAGUUGCUUACCCUAAAAGGCCCCUUAUUCUCAGGACCAGUGGUAGCGGUUUCUCCUGCUCUCUUAGAAGGUGGUCUGAAGCCUCAAGUUGCAAGCAGUACUAUGUCUCAGUCUGAGAAUGAUGACUUAUUUAUGAUGCCACGAAUUGUCAAUGUGACAUCAUUGGCUGCAGAGGAAGAUUUGGGAGGUAUGAGUGGCAACAAAUACCGUCACGAAGUUCCUGAUGGCAAGCCACUUGACCACCUGAGAGACAUUGCUGGGAGUGAAGCCAGCUCCUUAAAAGAUACAGAGAGAAUCUCUUCCAGAGGAAACCAUCGAGAUAGCAGAAAGGCACUGGGUCCAACACAGGUGCUUUUGGCAAAUAAAGAUUCUGGGUUUCCACAUGUAGCUGAUGUUUCCACUAUGCAGGCAGCACAGGAAUUUAUACCUAAAAAUAUGUCUGGUGAUGUGAGAGGGCAUCGGUAUAAAUGGAAGGAGUGUGAGUUGAGAGGAGAGAGACUAAAGUCAAAGGAGUCUCAGUUUCAUAAAUUAAAGAUGAAAGAUCUGAAGGACUCAAGCAUAGAGAUGGAACUGAGGAAAGUAGCCUCGGCUAUCGAGGAAGCAGCCCUCCAUCCCAGUGAGCUGCUGACUAACAUGGAAGAUGAGGAUGACACUGAUGAGACUCUGACUUCACUGCUCAAUGAAAUUGCUUUUCUUAAUCAACAGCUAAAUGAUGACUCUGGCCUAGCUGAACUGUCAGGUUCUAUGGAUACAGAAUUCUCAGGAGAUGCUCAGCGAGCUUUUAUCAGUAAACUUGCUCCUGGGAACAGAUCAGCUUUCCAAGUUGGACACUUGGGAGCAGGUGUGAAAGAGUUGCCUGAUGUCCAAGAGGAGAGUGAAUCCAUCAGCCCCCUCCUCUUGCACUUGGAAGAUGAUGACUUUUCUGAGAAUGAAAAACAGCUUGGGGACACAGCCUCUGAGCCAGAUGUCCUUAAGAUUGUUAUUGACCCUGAAAUAAAGGAUUCUCUUGUUUCCCAUAGGAAAUCUAGUGAUGGAGGGCAGAGUACUUCUGGUCUCCCCGCAGAGCCUGAAAGUGUAUCUUCACCUCCCAUCUUACACAUGAAGACUGGCCCGGAGAACAGCAACACAGAUACUUUGUGGAGGCCUAUGCCAAAGUUGGCCCCAUUAGGUUUAAAAGUAGCUAAUCCCCCCAGUGAUGCCGAUGGUCAGAGUCUCAAGGUGAUGCCUGCCUUGGCACCUAUAGCUGCCAAAGUUGGGUCAAUUGGACACAAAAUGAAUUUAGCAGGAAUUGACCAGGAAGGCCGGGGGAGCAAGGUGAUGCCUACAUUGGCACCUGUUGUACCUAAAUUGGGCAACUCUGGAGCUCCAUCAAGUUCAUCAGGGAAAUGAGCUUGUUCAUCCUCAUACAAAAGCCAGGCUGUGAGGGGAAAUGAAUUUCACCUCCUUUCUCUGUAGGCGUCUGUUUGUUUGUAUUAUGGAACUAUUAUCCUUGACUUAAUUAUGUGUGAAUAUUGAUGGAGAAAGGAGGUGUAGGGUGCUGGUCCUGGUGUUUGAAAUUCUGAUCAUGUUAAAAAUGUGUUACCUCACUUGUGGUGCUGGGUCCCCUCAUCUUCUCUAAGAAGGUGUGAUUCCCUCUUGCCCAAGGAAUUCAUAACAAGAUUCUGGCUCCAUCAACUACCUUAUUAUUUUCCCCUGAGAAAAUGCUUGAGACUUGGAAUUACUAUAGACUAAAGUAUAAGUCAUAGUUGUUGGCUCCAAAAUCUGAGAAUUAUGAUACAGUUGUGUGGGAAAAAAAAAAAAAAAGAACUUUUAGUUACUAUUUCAAUAGUAGGGCAUGGUAGGACUGGGCAUGGUAGUGCACACUUGUAAUUCCAGCACUUAGAAGACUAAAGCAGAAGGAUUGCAAGUUUGUGUCUACCCUGGCCUAUCAAGGGGACAGACACACACACACACAUACACACUUGUGGGGGCCAGGGGAGUAGGAAGAGAGAAUGUUAUAGUAGGUAGGAUGAAUAUUAUGGAAUACCAAAGUGAAGGGAUUUUGUCAUUCAGCAGACUGUUUCAUAUCCAGAAUAGUUCUUCCCUUACCCUUUCAGUCAUAAUUAAAAACCUAAGCUUUCUGGUAAAGUAGGAAUAUACUUUUUACUUUUACUAUUAACAUACUUAUUUUCAGAGACUAAAAAAGACAUACUUCUCCCUUAUUUCUUGGGGUAUCACAAAGAUUCAUUCAUAAUACCAGAGAUUUCUACUCAUUGUUUUUUGGAAGUAGACAUAGAGGCAGCCCUUCCCUUUCCCAAAUCAUGUCACUCAAGAAACAGCUAAAAUGAAAAGCAGUUUCUCCCCUAACCAGAGACCGUAGCCAAAAUAAAAAUUUGUGGGGCUGGGUAUUUCCCAAAUGAAACCAGCCUCUAGGUGCUUGAAGGUUUUGUUCACUGUCACCUGCACAGGAUGUAAAGAAAAGGCGAGUCAGAGUGAGCAAUCUUUACCAGGGAAGUAAGGCAGUAUUUGAGUCACAAAGUAUAUUUUUUAUCUGCUAUCAUGGCAUCAAUGAUCUGUAGAGCUUUUUCACUCAUUGGCUGUCAGGGUAUGAAGGACUGACAACCUGUAAAGAUGAAGAUAUUUAUAUUUUUGUAUAGUUGUUUUCAUAGAUUUCUCAAAGGAUGAAGUUUUCGACCUAGAAGAGAUUUGUAUUGAGUAUAGAAAUGUUUCCUAUCUAGUUUGUAAAUAAUCAUGGUGCAUUUGAGGGGUCUCUCGGGAACUCGUGAGGCAAGAAUCACUGUUCUGAAAAUGUAUAGACUGAGAUGUAGCUGCUGCAUUUGCCUUUCUUAAAUAAUUAUAUUUUGGAAUGUAACCCGUUCUGUCUUCAAUGACAGGAUUUGCUUGUGUUGUAAAAACACUUUAACACAAGUGCUUCCGGUGCCUGGGCUGUGCCUGGGUGAUUGUAUUUCUUUUACACUACUGCGUCUUUAUCCUAAGUCCCACUCUGUAUCCUCUGACCUAGGUUGUGAGACCAACUUUGGAAUGAAUCUAGCCAGUGAAUUACUUCUAUGUUUGAUUUCCUUUUUAGAUUAACUCUGAUAAUCACUAGAUUGAAAUGAUGAAAAACUUACACUGCAAAUGGCAGUGGUAGUAAAUCUUUCAUUGGUUUUGCGCUGCUUGCUCUAGACAGGUCAUCAGCACUUAACCUUUCCUGUUUACUACAAAAGCUGAUAAAGUAAAAACAGUAUUCCUCAGCUUCUCCUCUGUCCCUUCUGUCCUUUACCCAACUGACUUUAUCCAAUGCCUUAGCCAAGGAGUGCAGCACCUGUCGCCCUUGCUAGCAGCUGUCCUCAGAGACGCUAGUUCUUUAGCCCAGGUAUAGUAGUUUCCAGUGGUCUUAUUGCCUGUUUCUUUCCCGAGUGUUCUUCUGGCUUCCCAGAGCCCUUUUGGGUUUUGAGAGUCAGACAAGAAACAAAACAAGGGAGUGAAUAAUCCUCAGGAAACAAUGGACCAUUGUGGCUUCCGAAUACUUUUUUCUCUUUUCUUUCCUUUCCUUUCCUUUUCUUUCUUUCUUUCUUUCUUUCUUUUUUUUUUAAAUUUGAAAAAGCAUAGAAAAAAAACAGGUCAGGGUUUAUUCUUUAUUGGAAGAUACUUGCCUGUGUUUAUGAAAGAUGUACAAAGAUAGAGAUGAGAUUUGGUUCAGGGAAAGCUGCAGAUGUCAUUACAAACUCCCAAGAUACAUUGUUCUUAAGACAAAUUUAGGAGCUAUCAGGCCGAAUUUGAGGAGGGUUUAGUCUUUAGAACAAUCAUGUAGUCUUGACAAAAAUAAAAAAUCUCCCUAAACUCCUACCCUUUAGCAUUUCAUUAGGAGAAACUGAUCUAUUAAAAUUAUAUGUAUGAUUAUGAAAAGUGAAUUCAAGUGAGAACAUUGGAGGAACCUGGAAAAAGCUCCACCCUGACUAAGAAGCAUGAUCUCAGUCGACCAAUAACUCGCCUUUUAUACACCUGUAAAUACAUGGAAUGUUUUUAAGGAUAUAAUUAUGUCAGAUUUAGCAUUUUCUUUUAUAUAUUAAAUAUAUAUCUUUAAUUUCUGCUUUUGAAAGUGAUUAUUUUUUUAGAAAUAACAGAAGUUUGGCAGUUGAAAGGCAAGACAUGUGAACCUGAAAUAAACCAAUUAUACUAAUUAAAGCAGAAUUUGGUGUUGGGAGGUUUGUGCCUGGUUGAAGAAUUCUUUAUGCCCUCAGACAUAUUUGAGAGAGGGUUCCAUUGAAGAGAUCUUUUCUGAAGCUUCUUGACUGGAAAGCUUUCGAUCUGUCAUUUGGGAAGACCUUUGGUAUUCUAGUCCUUGUAGCAUGUCUCAAUUGGAACUUCAAGAUUAUGUACAAUUUGAUGGCAAAUAUUUGCUGUUCCAUAGUGAGAAUAGUUUCAUAAUACCACUGUCUUUAUCUGCUGCCUUGGGGAACAACAGGACAGAAACACAAUCUUAUGUCUGGAGACAAUAGGUGUUCUUUUUAAAUUUGUGUGUAUAUAUUGGCUGUGUGUGCCUUGUUGUGUACAUGGAGCUUACAGGACAACUUUGUGGAGUUACUUCUACUUCUCUCCUACCAGGGAUCCAACUCACAUUGUCAAGCAAUCACAGCAAACACUUUAACUUACUUGAGCCAUCUUGACAGCUUCAUUGGUCUUCUUAAGACAAGAUGUUAAGGGGUUUCAUACUUAACAGAGUCUUCUUAUGGAAGUCUUUUAAACAUUGAACUGUCCUGACUUAAGGGAGUUGACAGAUCAAGUUUAGUUAGUUGUAUAAACUUCAUUAAAAGUGUUUACCUUAUAUACUUUUAUGAUAAAAGUUUUUUGUGCCCCCAGAAUUGUGGAUAAAAUUAAUAGUAGGCCUUUUUUACAGUUUUGAAAAUGUUUUGAACAGAAAAGACAGUAGACAUCUAUACAUCCAUUUACUUGUUUGUUUUUUGAGAUGGUCUCACUAUGCAACCUAUGGCCUGGGAUUCUGUGGAGACCAAACUGGCCUUGAACUCACCAAGAUCCACCUCCCUCUGCCUGCAGGGAUUGAAGGCAUAUGCCCAUCUUUAUAUUUUUUUUUAUAAAAUUCCAUACAUUUUUCCUGACUGUACCAGUUAUUUCUAGUGGAAUUGUGUGAUCAGUGCAUCUUGAAGACAAGUCUGCAAAGUAGCAAUGCCACUUGUCUCUAAUAGAAUUAAGCCAUGGACAGUGUAGGCAGCUUGUUUUCAGGAACUUAAAGGCUUAUAUCCUUAUUUCUUUUUCUUUUUUCUUUCUUUCUUUCUUUCUUUUUUUUUUUUUUUUUUUUGGUUUUUCGAGACAGGGUUUCUCUGUAUAUCCCUGGCUGUCCUGGAACUCACUCUGUAGACCAGGCUGGCCUCGAACUCAGAAGUCCGCCUGCCUCUGCCUCCCGAGUGCUGGGAUUAAAGGCGUGCGCCACCACGCCCGGCUUAGAUCCUUAUUUCAUGGAGAGUCACUGGUACUUAAAGGAUCAGAAUAAACUGUUUGCACAGAAUUGUUGCUUUUGAAGAAAGCACUUUUAAGGGUCCUUUAAUAACUUAAUGUAUCAUUGCUAAUUAAAAGUCCUUCCCUCCCAAGUGUGAUGACUGAAGUUGAAUUCUUAGAAACUAUGAAUGCCAGCUGUGUAAUCUCAGCACUGGAAAGGAGCAGACAGGGAGGAUUCUUGGUAUUCUCUGGCCAGCUAGUCUAGCCUAAUGGGUUAGCUCAGGCCAACAAGAGACCUGUCCCAACAACUUGGCGACAUUCAUUAGAAUUCGCUAGAAGUGGUCCUCUAGUCUCCAUACCCACAUACAAGUGCAGAUGCACCUGCAUGUACACAGAAAUUAACUCAUUUAUCAAUGACUUUAGUACAUAGAAAAUUAAAGCUCGGGUUGGUAAGAUGACUUGUAAAGGUGCUUGUCAACACUGAUGACCAAAGUUCAAUCCCCAGAAACCAUAUAGUAGGGAAAAAAAAAACUUGUACCAUGGUAAUAUGUGUACAACCCCCCCGCCGCAAAAAAGCAAAAAAACUGACCAGAACCACAUAGUUAGACCUUGUCUCAAGGAAAAAAGACUUGAUUCUAUGCCUUUAAUUCCUGCAUUGGGAAGAACAGAGGCAGGUAAGUUCAAAGGUGACCUGGUCUACAUAGUUUGAGGCUAGCCAGAGCUUCAUAGUGAAGCUAAGGUAGGUAGAAUUAUUGCCUAUUUAUGAUGAAAGUGAGCUAAAAUGCAUCUUGGAAAUAAAAUUAUUUUCCUAUGUACAAUUUUUAAAACUAUAAUUUUAGCAUAUUUUAAACUGCUUUACAGAGAUGGUGUUAAAUGACAGCUACGAAGAUAUGGGUUAGGAGGCUAAACCAAACAAGGUGGAAAUUUUGAGACAUCCUAAACUAUUAAAUUCUGUCACUAUAAACUUAUAAAAUGGACUUCCCCCCCCCCCCCACCAAUGGGAAAUCGGCCUUGGAAGCAUUGACUUGAAAUCCAUUUUGUUUCCAACUGCACUCAUUGGUCUCAGCUGUCUCGCAGUGCCUUGCAUGUAUAGGUGCUCAAUAAAUAUUUGAACUGA